UUGCCCGUGUACCAGCCAGUGUGUCUGGCUAUACAGCAGAACAGCGAGUCGAACAUCGGGGCAUUGCGAAUAUGACUGCGACGGAGGUUCCACGGCCAGGCCCAGCUACCAGCCUGGGCAAGCGUCAUUCACCCCAGUCCAUCAUGGUCAGAAAUGGCUCAGUGAGGGAGUUCCGGGGUCGACAGUCAGUUGGAGGGACGCAGGCGCUGCAGAGCGUCUAACUUCUCCGGUAUGGCAUUCCGAUCCGCCGCCUCGCUGGGAAUUAACCUGCGCUUUGUGGAUGAUCGAACGCAAUAUCCCGCCAAAGAGGCCCGCAUUCGGCUGUGGUGGUCGAUCUUCCUCCUCGAGCAUCUCCUUACAGCAAUCACUGGCCGGGUCUCUUACGUGGGCGAACGCCUCAGCGCCACGCUAUUGCCCAUCCCGUUCGAAGAGACGGCCUUUGGCAGACCCGACGUCCUGCCUCUUUGCCAUGACUCCGCAUUACGCAUGAACCGUCUCAAGCCCACGCUCCUCCAGACGGAGGAGGAAGCGCGCGCCAGUGUGUCCUGGCUCGCGUCCUGUGAACCCAGCCCGUCUCUGUUCUUUCACUGUAUUGUGGACCUAGCCGCCAUCGCGCAGGACAUCGUCAGCAAUGUCUAUAGUUUCCAGGCCCUCCACGACUGUGGCAACCGGAUCGAGCAGGGGAUUCGAAAAUACAGCGGCGUCCUAAAUAACUGGCUCAGCAAGGUUCCCGAAGCCUACCGAUUCAUCUCCGUGAACGGCGAUCAAGUGAACAUCCCUUGUGACGACAACACCCGGUGUAGGCGAGAACGGGUUUCCCUAGCCCUGAGAUACUAUAGCACCUGUAUCAUGCUUUGCCGCCCGUGCCUCACGCGCGCUAGUUCGCCACAGAGACCUCAGUCUCCCGAUCCCGCAAAUGCCCAGCAUUCGCAUCCCAGCUCUCUCCACAACUCCAGCAGUCGCGCGCAUUUCCGAUCCACCAUGGCGCUCAUGUGUGUCCGCUCCGCCCGCUCGCUCCUUUUGUGCCUUCCACAGACACCAAACAUCAUGUGGAUCACUGCAAUGACUCCUUGGUGGUGCAUCCUCUAUUACAUAAUGCAAGCGACAACAGCUAUCCUUUGUCACCUAUCCAGCUGGCCACCCGGGCCCAGCGGACACCCCCCAGCUCGCGUCUUCUCCGAUCUGGAGGUCACGGACAGGGAGAUCAAGAAGGCCAUGUGCUGGCUUCACCACAUGGCGUACACAGAUCCUGCCUCCGGACGCGCGUUCCGGCAGUGCAACAGCGUUCUGCAGCGUAUUGCCCCGAGCCUUGGUAUCGACCUCAGCGAUCUUCCCGAUCGCGGAGACUUGCCUACUGGUGGGGACUCGGCCAAGCGGGGAAACUGCAUCCAGCUCAUGGCUGGACCUCGGGAGACUCUUUGCUGA